AGUCAGUCCGGGUGGCCCCGGUGCAGCCGCAGGGCCAAUAUACAGCACGCCAGGGGGCCACAUCGGCCUUUUUGCGGGGCCCUUCCUGGAUCCCAUCACGGCAUUCAAAUGUCAGGAGCGGGGCGGGACCCGGCUGCACCUUAUAAGAGGAGGAGGUCCAGGUUCUUCUGCUGGAUUUGCGCGCUUCACCUCCGCCUGCUGCAGCGCGUGAGGAAACAAACGGACCAAAAGGAAGACUAAACCAUCUGCUGAGUCGUUACCAGAUAAAGUUAUGAAACAAUGGAGGACUGACCAAUAAGAAAUAUUGACUUUUCGUCUCCAGGAGAACAGCGUCACAUCACUCUUCGCCUUUUUCUCCACUUCAACACUUUCUGACUCCUUCUCGACGAAGAGGAGACAGAUUGGUUUUUGGACUUUUUUUUUUCUUCCUGAAAACUUUAAACUUUCUGAAGGAUUUUUAAAGUUCUUUUUUUAAACUGUUCUGUUAAAAACAAACUCUGCGAGAGAUCAGUGUUUCUCCUUCAGAGACGUGUGUUGGGGAUGUUGAGCUCUGUGAAGAUGGAAGCCCAUGAUCUACCAGAGUGGAAUACUUUCUACAGCGAGGCAAGCGAGAUGUAUUCUUCUCCCAGCACCAUGACCUCUGGUCUCGGCCCCAUGGGACUCAACAGCUACAUCAACCUGAACCCAGCCACCGCCGCCCCCGCAGGCAUGAACAUGGCGUACCCAACCUCCACCCUCAGCAGCUCCCCGCUGGCCUCCAUGGGCUCUGGGCCCGGUCACAUGUCCCUCUCCCCGGUGACCUCCUCCCUCACCUCGGGCUCUCUGGCUCAGCUGGGCCCCGCGGCUCCGGGCUCCCUGAGCUCCCUGUCCCACUACCAGAACAUGGGCCAGUCCAUGAGCCAGCUGGGUUACCCCUCCACCACCACCCUGAGCCGGGCUGGGCCCAAGGAGAUCCCUCCAAAGCCGUACCGCCGCUCUUUGACCCACGCCAAGCCACCGUACUCCUACAUCUCCCUCAUCACCAUGGCGAUCCAGCAGAGCGGCAGCAAGAUGCUGACCCUCAACGAGAUCUACCAGUGGAUCAUGGACCUGUUCCCCUACUACCGCGAGAACCAGCAACGCUGGCAGAACUCUAUCCGCCACUCGCUCUCCUUUAAUGACUGCUUCGUGAAGGUUGCUCGCUCGCCUGACAAGCCGGGAAAAGGUUCGUACUGGACUCUGCACCCGCAGUCAGGGAACAUGUUCGAGAACGGCUGCUACCUGCGCCGCCAGAAACGCUUCAAGAUCGAGGACAAGCUGGCCAAGAAGGCAGGCAAGAGUCAGGACGGGGGGUCAGGUAAAGGAGGCCACGGUGGAGACCACAUGGAGGACCACAGCCCCACAGGAGGAUCAGAGGGAGCUGACUCUGCCCACUCCGACAACUCCCACCCGGGCUCCUCAGACGACCAGCCUCACCAACGAAACUCCCUGGUUCCUCUAGACUGCCCUCCGCUGUCCUCCUCACACCUCCACAGCCCUCCCAUCUCCCUGCCUUCCUCCUCAUCCUCGUCCUCCAUCCCUCCAUCCUCUCUGUCCCUCUCAGCCGCCUCCGCCUCAAACCCGCUCCUCCACCCACAGUCUUUAGUGGGGAACCUCUUGCCCAGCGCCAUGCAGCAGCACAUGGACCUACAGAAUGACGCCCUCAAGUCCCUGGACCCCCACUACAACUUCAACCACCCGUUCUCCAUCACCAACCUCAUGUCCAACGAGCAGAAGAUGGACCUCAAGUCCUACCAGGACCAGGUGAUGGCCUACAACAGCUACACUGGGGGCUCUCCUGUGGGGGCCAAGCAGAUCUACGACAGCCAGGGGCCCAACAAUAUGGACACAGGCGCUUAUUACCAAACUCUGUACAGCCGCUCGGUGCUCAACGCCUCCUAAUGUGGACACACACCACACACACCCUCACACACACACACCUCUCUGUGGCAGUGAGCCAAGAUGGAGACUUCUCUUUCUGUUUAAAAUGGACACCAGAGCUCUCUCUUCUUCCCCCCCUCUCUCUCUCUCUUCUUCCCUCUCUCUCUCUCUCUCUCUCUCUCUCUCUCUCUCUCUCUCUCUCUCUCUCUCUCUCUCUCUGGCUCUUGUCCAAAGCUUCACUCAAAAUGGCCGGCUUGUUUGAGGGGCAGAAGAACAGUUUGAUUUUCUUUGACCGUCUCAAAUCCCGGAGGCUGGUCGGUUACAUGGAGGACAGAAAGGUGAAGCUCGGUGAUGAAGAGUCUCGACUGACGAUGAAGACUUUUCGUGCAUCUGUGUGAGUCAGAUCCUGACUCUGCUGGACGCAGGAGCUCUGCUGCACGAGCUGAGAUCAGCUUUGUACAAACUGUAAAUAGAGGUAAUGUGGGGGGAAAAGGAUAUCUGCAUUUAUUUAUGAUGGGAAUAAAAUUAAUAUAUCUUGUAUAGCGAUCUGUCGACCGGUUACAACCCCAAUGUGAGUUUAUUUUUAGAUCGACAUUCAGGUUACUGCUUCAGUUAGGUGUUACUGUUUGUGUGUUACAGCAUUCACACCCACUUCUGUCAUUUCCGUCCUGUUAGUGUAAAAACAUGAAUCCGUAACUUUCAAAAUAAAAGUUUGUUAUUUUGGUCGAUGUGAAGAAAAAGAAGCCAUCGUGAGGAAACUGAAGUUUAGUGAAAAGUUGUGCAGAAGGAAGAGGCGAAGAAACUGUGGUAAAAGAAAAAAAAAAACAUGUCGUGUUUCUGUUUUUUAUUUCCCACAAACAUUUCCUGUUGUUACCUUUCGGAGGGCAUGAAGUGCUCCUGUCAGACUGUAACAUGUUGGAGAACAGAGAGACGGGUGAGGAGCAGAGCGGGGGAGUUCAGUUAGUUACUAAAACAGUGGAGGGGAGGAGAGAUGCACUAUGGGAGAUUUACAUACAGUACUUUGCACUAUGGAGCUCCCACUGGCCAGGUGGGCUGAUAGUGUGUGUGUUACAACAAUACUUAGGACCACCCCCCCUCACACUGUCAAUGCAUCAGCUCAAUGGGAUCAGUGGAACAAUGUCAAAUAAACGCCGCUGUCCCAGUAAAAAAAAAAAAAAAAAAGUGCCUUUUCUUCAAAGACUGCUGAUCCGAUCAGAGCUCAACGUUUCGACAAUCUAUUGAAGGAUUAUUCUGACACACAGAAGCUUCAGGUCACAUGACGUCCGCUGUGGAAGAAAAAUGUCUUUUAUUUAAGCUAUGUUGCUUUUCAAACUUUGAAAGUGUGUUGAUAUAAUAUAUUGUUUUUUUGUUUUUGUUUGGUUUAAAUGUGAUUGAAAUGAUCCAUGUUUCAUUUUUCUUAUUAAAAAGGCAAA